ACAAGUUAUUAUCAAAUUGUAUCAUGGUAUCGGAGCUAAGGCUCUCAAAAACCUAGCCUCUCUUUUUUUCCGACCGCCGCCCACCAUGGCAGCCCCGUCGGAUCCUUUGGCGUCCUUACCCUCCGGAGUAAAACUUUUGCUUCGGAGUCUCCACAACUUAAUCCCAGAAAAACUCACCGAAACAAAUUAUCCGGCAUGGUCUCUCGAUGUCCAGACAGCUCUUUCAGCUAAUCUCCUCCUUGAUGGAUUGAUGGUCAUGAAGCAGCCCCGGCGCCAACUAUCUCCAAAAACGAUAAAAUCGUCCCUAAUCCAGAGUAUACCUCCUGGACCAUCGUUGACACACAGAUCCGCGCCUGCCUCCUAGCGGUCAUCAGCCCCUCCGUUCAAAAACAUGCUCGCGGCUUCACCACAUCUGCUGCCCUCUGGGAUGCUUUGGCCGCACGGUACAACUCCGUGUCCACCGCUCAUGUUUAUCAGCUUCGGGACAAACUCCACACUCUUCGUAAAGGUACCAAAACUAUGACACAAUACCUUGAUGAUGUGGCAACUAUUCUCUCGGAUCUCGAUGCCUUGAAAGAAGAGAUCCCUGAACGUGAUGUGGUGAAUGCUGUUAUUCGUGGUCUUCCCACCGAAUACUCAUCCUUUAAGCAAAACAUUCGCAUGAACAAUACCAAUAUUUCGUUAAAUCAGCUUUCUGGAUGGCUGAUCUCCGAAGAAAUAAACCUGGAGAUGGAGAAUAAACUCAGCCUCACCGAGUCUACCAUCACCGAACCUCGCACA